UUCAGAACCAUAAUAGCUAUGAUGUUAAUAUUAAAUCUUAUAAAUUCUACAGAUUCAGGUUAAAAAACAUUUAGACCCUAGUAGAGUAUCAAGUACUGUCAUCUGCUUUCACAUCCUGUGUUAAUGAUUCGUUCAUUGUUUAGUGGGCUCUUUAUCUGUUAGACAAUGGCUUUUUGAUUCACGUAAUAACUUUGAGAAAUUGGUAGGAAAAUGGUCAUCUCUACUUUAUGGGUGAGAUAAACAAGGUGCAGAGAGGUUGACUUGGCUUAGGACUUGAUGUAGAAGGAUUAAGUUACUCAGGUAUGUUUGUUUUCCUUACCGUUUUCCCUGAAGGUAGGCCCGUUGUAGUUCUUCACACUGUAACUUUUUCAGAGCUGAAAGUAAACAGCAGCUACCUGUUGACAACUAUUUUUAUCCUCUGUCUCAUGAAAGCCCGAGUUUUGGAGAUUAUGCUGGGUUUGCUGGAGAGGUAGAAGCAGGAAUUUCCUUGGAGACCAGCGAGAGAGAACAUCAGGAGGAGGGACACCUUCCGGACUAGGAAGAGGCAGUGGAUGGCUGCCUUGGAUUAUAGUAACUAUUUUGGAAGCAUUGAAAAACUUGAAAAACUCAAAAGCUAUUUUUCUUUAAACUCCGUGGGCACUGUCAAAGUUUGUGGGAAAAAAUACAUCAUUGUUUCUUUAUUUGAAAGAGAAGACAGCCUGGAUUUCAAACAGCCAAGGGGUUUGCAACAGUUACCUGGCCCUUGGCCUCCAUCCAGCUGGAUCAAGUUGAGACCUGAAAAGAGUUCUUGAAUCCUGUGGCACUGGAAAGACCCAAGAAUGCCAGUCAAGAAGAAAGAUACUGACCGAGCUUUGUCAUUACUGGAAGAAUACUGCAAAAAAUUAAGGAAACCAGAGGAGCAGCAGUUGAAAAAUGCUGUUAAAAAGGUGAUGGGUAUCUUUAAGAGCAGCUUAUUCCAAGCUUUGCUAGAUAUUCAAGAAUUUUAUGAGGUAACACUGCUAAAUUCUCAAAAAAGUUGUGAGCAGAAGAUAGAAGAAGCCAAUCAAAUUGCACAGAAAUGGGAGAAGUCAUCCCUUCUUGCUUCAUGCCAUGACAACCUUCAAAAGUCUGCAGAGCAAAACCAAGGCAAGUGCCCAGCCCAGAAUUGUUCGGUGGAAGGUCCUGCUUGGAUGCCUGUUCACCACUGUACUAAGUAUCGCUAUCAAGAUGAGGACGCCCCACACGAUCAUUCCUUACCUCGACUGACCCACGAAGUGAGAGGCCCUGAACUGGUGCACGUGUCAGAAAAGAACCUGUCUCAGAUAGAAAAUGUCCACGGAUACGUCCUACAGUCUCACAUCUCUCCUCUGAAGCUCUCUGAUCCAUUUGGAGUUUAUUCUAGUGUACGAUGUGAGGCCAGCCCUGCUCCUAUAAUUGUCAACACAGACACUUUGGACACGAUUCCUUAUGUCAAUGGGACAGAAAUUGAAUAUGAGUUUGAAGAAAUUACAUUGGAAAGGGGAAAUUCUGGCCUGGGAUUCAGUAUUGCUGGAGGGACAGAUAAUCCCCACAUUGGAGAUGACCCUGGCAUAUUUAUUACGAAGAUUAUACCAGGAGGUGCUGCAGCAGAGGAUGGCAGACUCAGGGUCAAUGAUUGUAUCUUACGGGUGAAUGAGGUGGAUGUGUCAGAGGUUUCCCACAGUAAAGCGGUGGAAGCGCUCAAAGAAGCAGGGUCUAUUGUUCGGCUGUACGUGCGUAGAAGACGCCCCAUUUUGGAGACUGUUGUGGAAAUCAAACUGUUCAAAGGGCCUAAAGGUUUAGGCUUCAGUAUUGCAGGAGGUGUGGGAAACCAGCACAUCCCUGGAGACAAUAGCAUUUAUGUCACUAAAAUUAUCGACGGAGGAGCUGCACAGAAAGAUGGAAGGUUGCAAGUAGGAGACAGACUGCUAAUGGUAAACAACUACAGUUUAGAAGAAGUAACACAUGAGGAGGCGGUAGCAAUAUUGAAGAACACAUCAGAUGUAGUUUAUCUAAAAGUUGGCAAACCCACCACCAUUUAUAUGACUGAUCCUUAUGGUCCACCUGAUAUUACACACUCUUAUUCUCCACCGAUGGAAAACCAUCUUCUCUCUGGCAACAAUGGCACUUUAGAAUAUAAAACCUCCCUGCCGCCCAUCUCUCCAGGAAGGUACUCACCAAUUCCAAAGCACAUGCUUGUUGAAGACGAUUAUACCAGGCCUCCGGAACCCGUUUACAGCACUGUGAACAAACUGUGUGAUAAGCCUGCUUCUCCCAGGCACUAUUCCCCUGUUGAGUGUGACAAAAGCUUCCUUCUCUCAGCUCCCUACCCCCACUACCACCUAGGCCUGCUCCCCGACUCUGAGAUGAUCAGUCAUUCCCAACACAGCACUGCAACCCGCCAGCCUUCAGUGACUCUCCAACGGGCCAUCUCCCUGGAAGGGGAGCCCCGCAAGGUGGUCCUGCAUAAAGGCUCCACUGGCCUGGGCUUCAACAUCGUGGGCGGAGAAGACGGAGAAGGUAUUUUUGUCUCCUUCAUUCUGGCUGGUGGACCAGCAGACCUGAGCGGGGAGCUCCAGAGAGGAGACCAGAUCCUAUCUGUGAACGGCAUUGACCUUCGUGGAGCGUCGCAUGAACAGGCUGCUGCGGCACUGAAGGGGGCUGGACAGACGGUGACGAUUAUAGCACAAUAUCAACCCGAAGAUUACGCUCGAUUUGAGGCCAAAAUCCAUGACCUACGAGAGCAGAUGAUGAACCACAGCAUGAGCUCCGGGUCCGGGUCCCUGCGAACCAAUCAGAAGCGUUCCCUCUAUGUCAGAGCCAUGUUUGACUAUGACAAAAGCAAGGACAGUGGGCUGCCAAGUCAAGGACUUAGUUUUAAAUACGGAGAUAUUCUCCACGUUAUCAACGCCUCUGAUGACGAGUGGUGGCAAGCCAGGAGGGUCACGCUGGAGGGCGACAGUGAGGAGAUGGGGGUCAUCCCCAGCAAGCGGAGGGUGGAAAGAAAGGAACGUGCCCGAUUGAAGACAGUGAAGUUUAAUGCAAAACCUGGAGUGAUUGAUUCAAAAGGGUCAUUCAAUGACAAGCGUAAAAAGAGCUUCAUCUUUUCACGAAAAUUCCCAUUCUACAAGAACAAGGAGCAGAGUGAGCAGGAAACCAGUGAUCCUGAACAACAUGUUUCUUCUAAUGCCAGCGAUAGCGAAAGUAGCUACCGAGGGCAAGAAGAUUUCAUUCUUUCUUAUGAGCCUGUCACAAGGCAGGAAAUAAACUAUACCCGACCAGUGAUUAUUCUGGGCCCCAUGAAGGAUCGGAUCAAUGAUGACUUGAUAUCUGAAUUUCCUGACAAAUUUGGCUCCUGUGUGCCUCAUACUACGAGGCCAAAGCGUGACUACGAGGUGGAUGGCAGAGACUAUCACUUUGUCAUUUCCAGAGAACAAAUGGAGAAAGACAUCCAAGAGCACAAGUUUAUAGAAGCCGGCCAGUACAAUGACAACUUAUAUGGAACCAGCGUGCAGUCUGUGAGAUUUGUAGCAGAAAGGGGCAAACACUGUAUACUUGACGUAUCAGGAAAUGCUAUCAAGCGGUUACAAGUGGCCCAGCUGUAUCCCAUUGCCAUCUUCAUUAAACCCAAGUCUCUGGAACCUCUGAUGGAGAUGAAUAAGCGUCUAACAGAGGAACAAGCCAAGAAAACCUAUGAUCGUGCAAUUAAGCUAGAACAAGAAUUUGGAGAAUAUUUUACAGCUAUCGUCCAAGGCGACACCCUAGAAGAUAUCUAUAACCAAUGCAAGCUUGUUAUUGAAGAGCAGUCUGGGCCUUUCAUCUGGAUCCCCUCAAAGGAGAAGUUAUAAAUUAGCUACUGCACCUCCAACAAUGACAGAAGAGCAUUUAGAAGAACAAAAUAUAUAUAAUAUACUACUUGGAGGCUUUUAUGUUUUUGUUGCAUUUAUGUUUUUGCAGUCAAUGUGAAUUCUUAUGAAUGUACAACACAAACUGUGUGAAGCCAUGAAGGAAAAGGAGGGGCCGAAGUGUGGGACAGAAAAGACAUUGCAGUAUGCGGGGAAGGCUUUGGUUUGCUCAGAGUGCCAGGUGUAGGGACGAACCUCUGAUGGGCUUCGUGCCCAAGAGAUGGGCAGCCUCCUCACCCAGCAGAUGUCCAGAGCUGACUUAGCUGCUGAGCUCCCUGUGUUUUUUGCUUUAAAGAAAAGUUGCCAGCACUUUAACUUCAUCAACCUUCCAUUACCCACAUCUAUAAUUGAUACACUUCAAAUUUUAGAACUAUGCACAUCCUUUGAUUUCUUUACAAGCAAAAGAAAGAAUGAGGGAGGGGAAGGAAAGGAGUCCCUUUGAAGAUGGCAUAACAUUACUAUCAGGGAAGGAUGAGUGUGUAGUUUCUUUGCCUGGCAUCUACAAAGAUGAGCAUUUCAUAAAAUUCACAAGUGUGUGGAGGACUGACCUCACUGGGAGGAGGGGAUUCCACCUGGGGUUAGCUUUAUGAUUGUUUAUUGUCUAUUUUGCCAUUUAUAAACUGAAAGAAGGCACUAAAGAUGAGAAUAAUUUAUACAAUAAAAAUAUAUUAAAUGUAUAGAAGCGAAUUUCUAUAGGUUAAAAAAAGUUUUGUGAAAUAUUUUGUAAAGAUUAAUUGAAAGACUAAAUGUAUGCACUAUCUGCAGAUGAUCCAACUCAAGAACAGAAAGUUGCACUCUCCCUUUUGUUGCCAAUGAUCCAUUAAGAGCAUCUGAGUUCCUUCUGAAGCCUGACAAAGACUUCUCCCUCAUUACCUCCCGUGAUCCCCCUCCCACCUCAGAGAUACACUCUCAUGGAGCACAUCCCUUAAUGAGUUGCCCUCGUGGAUAUUUUUGGAGGACAUUUGGUUAAUGCAUUUUUUUCAAGCUGAUGGCUUUUAGAGACAAAUUCAUACAAACGAUGUAAAGGAAAGUUUUUGCUUUUUUCUUGUUAAAUACCCUGGGCCUGCCAUGCAAAUAGCUGAACAAUGUUGUUCCUAGUAACUUACAUACGACUCUUAAAGGAUCAUUUAGUAUUUUGGCUGUCAUGAAUAAUUAGGACUCUUUUGUCUGUUUUAUAAGUAAACUGAGGGUUUUUGUAAGAGCCAGAGAAGGUGCAGAGCCAUGGAGAGAUCUGUCCUAAGAUGCAAUAUUUCUUUGAGGAGGAGAGAGAGAAGGGGAGGAUCUGACAGGAGCGGGUGAGGGGUGCAGACUUCUGUUUCUGUGUACAGGACCAAGAGAUAGAACCACCAGGAAAGACCAUUAAUGACUUCGAGCUCAACCAAUUGAACUGCCUUUCUUGGGGGCUGCACCUGGACCAAGUUUAUUUUUUAGCAAUUAUAACUAUGAUGAUUUAAAAAAAAGAAACUUCCCGAAGCCUAUCUCCCACUUUAGAGCUGAUGCUGACAUCAGCGUUGCUUGCACCCCAGGUGUUUAGAGAGAGAGACUUUUCAGUGAUCUCUGUAACUACUCAACUCUGGGUCCCAUGCGUGCCCAGACUAAGCCCCGUCGCCUUAUUUCUGGGGUACAUCCAGACCUGGCAGGAAUCUGCCACACUGUGCAGUGAACCAGCACGCCGGCUGGGACGGGAGAGCGAGAGGCAGAGCCGUCAGCAGUGAUGGGGCUUCUUCACAGGAAGCGCAUCAGAGCUCAGAAUGAGGGUCUCUUUCCAAAAACAAGCAUUUUUCAUCUGACACUAAAACGCCACAGUCUGCCUGGCUGCAGUCACCAAAACAGACACAAGAGAUGCAAAAUCAUGCAUCUACCUAUAGUCUUGAGGCUGCCUUUACCAUUGGAAGGGCUAGCAAUCCAUUUUCCCUCUGAUGAAAGUUAAAUUUCCCAAGACUUCCUUAGGGUGUUCAAAAUGUCAAAAAUGUAGCCAUGUCUGCAAUUCGCCAGUUUCAGGUCAAGGCCUACUUUCAUCCAUCUCUGCUCCCAGAAGUGUCCGCCACCAGAAUGCCAUUCCUGAUCCCAGCUCUACUUUUAGGCCACCAUGAUAACUUCUUUGGUUUCUCAACUGAGCAUGCAACCAUUUAUUUAAAGGACUGUCAUUAAUGAAUAGAUGUUUCCGCGGGUCGUGUGAUGUGCUUUUCCAUUUAAUAUUAAGUAUUGCUGUGGCUGAGUACAAUCAAAUUGAACCACCAACCCUUGGUUUUGUAGUAAUACAAUUAUUUUCCUAGUGUAGAUGCUUCCAGAUAAGAAUUGGCAUUUGCACUGAUUUUUUUAUGUAGAUUUAUAUAAAUAUAUAUAGACAUAUAUAUUUGCUUGAAGAAUCACCAAGCCACUUGGUGAGAGGGUCUUUUCCUGUAGAAUUUACACCUCCAUUUGUUGUGUUGUCUUGCGCUUCCCAAUGUUGAGGUCUCCACGGCUCCAACACACGGGUGUAUUUUGCCGCAGACCCGAUGACUUAAGAUGGAAAUGGCGCGAAAGCUACCCAGAUUACAACUGGUGCAAAUGCACGUGGAGCCUGGGGCCAGACUGGUGCUAACACCGCAAACUUUGUCGAGAGCUCUCUCCAAUCUGAAAGCUUGCUGGGGGCGCAAUGUCACCUUCGCACGCUGGGCCCUUUCGGAAAAGUGCCAGAUCGUGUCACUGGUGCUAUUUUUCAUGCUCUGGUACAAUGUGUAGCACCACGGGGGCCUCAGCUUUACCAAAAUUGAAAAUCCCACUCGUCAGCUAAUCGCAGGGGCAUUUGUUUCCGGCUCUCCUCCCGCGGGAUCUGUGGGCCAUUUCUUUGCAGGCCUUUCCUCCCAGCCCUACGCUCUUGGGUUGGCUCUGUUGGGUGCGCCCAUCUUUACGGAGCUGCACUCAGGUGCCUGUGAGCUGUCUUGGAUCCCACUGCCAGCCCUUCAGGACUCCGAGCCAGGGGGAAAGCUCCCCACUCCUAUGGCUCUGGCCUCUUCUUUUCCUCUCAUUCUUUCCCUUUGCUCUUUCCCUCCUGGUUCUAGCGCGUUCCAUCUCUUUAUGUACCUCUCCCUUCAGCCUUCCUUCCUGUCUCCUCUGAGUCGUUGGCUGUCCCCCGCAUCCCUUCCUUACUCCCUACCCGCUGUUGCCUCAUCUCUUUGUCCGUCUCUCCCACCGUCUCAGACACUCCCCUGCCUCUUCCUCUGUCUCCACCGUUUCUGUGCUUUCUCUUCUCGCGUCUCUGACCAUGUCCUCUUCCAUAACCCGCUCCUUAAUUUUUCUGUCCUUUAAGGGCUCCUGGCUGAUUCAGACAGCAAGUCCACACACUGGACUCAUGACACAGAUUCUUUGGGUCACCAUUUUCACCCAGGCAGCCCAGAAAGCAAAGCUGAGCAUGAAUGAGGUCCCGGCUGGAGCCAGCUCCAGCAGGCCUCCCCGAGCCAGCCUGCACCGCUGCCCCGGCAGUGACGAUGCACGCGCCCUGGGCCCUGCCAGCACCUGGGUCCCUUUCUGCCUGAAGCCUGGUCCACAGGGAGCCCACUCCCAGCACCAUCCCAUGGUUCCAAGGACACUUCCUUUCGCUAAAGGCAGACUCCAGCCCCAACAGUUGUUCUGACAGCAAACCUCUUUCUUCUCAUGGAAGCCAUGCCAUCACCUUGGUUUGGAGAGAGAGAUAUUUUUUUCUCCCAUUCAUAAGCUUUCUUUUUCCUCUUUUCAUCUGAAGCUCCCUCUGCUUUUCAGCUGGUGAUUGCUCUGGUGAGAUUGAAUGGACUUGCUGGUGAAAUUACAUCUCUUUUUUCUUUUCCUGUCUUGGUCCUGCCUAAAUUCCUACAAAAAUAUUUAAGUCAGAGACUCAGGCUAGUUCCUAAGUUUAUCAUAGUAAUUUGUCACUCCUACAGGAACAAAAGGGGACAUGUCCCUUAGAGCAUGUGGAGUCCCUCCUGUGACAAUUGAUUUGAAAGAGGACUCCCUCCAGAAUUCUGUGGAUAUACAUUUUAUUUCUGUGUAUGUAUGGUAUAUGUGGUUUGUAUAUCAUGUAUACACAUACCACAUUGGGUACACAUGAAUGUGGAUGGAAACCUACCCACACACUUUAGUCUGUAAAUAUCCUUCCUCACUGAGAACUGUGCUUUGGAAAUCAUUUUUUGUACAGUUGUGCAGUUUCUUGUAGCAGCUGAGGACAAGCUUAAGACAGGUUGAAUGAUUUAGACAAAGAUCAUCUAAAAGACAGAAGACAGAAUCUCCCUAGCAACUCAUGAGGACAGACAACCAAACAGCAAGGUUGGCUCCCAAUGAGAGGGCGAACUUUUCUCCUUUUUGAAUCUGUGUUUCCUAAACGCGUCUUAACUUCCGAGUGCACCAGGCUGUAUGCGUGAGAUCCUUUCAAUAUGCCAAGUUUUGUAACAGUUUUCUCUCUGACUGGAUGCUUCUCCAUUGUGCAGGGUGGGAGGGAGGGGGAACACUCCUCGCCUGGGCUGGAGUUUACAGAGACACUGCACAGCUUACACUCCUGUUAAGUGUAAAUAUUCGACACUUCCAUUCCAUUUGUGUAAAAAAUAAAGCACACACGAUUAUAAAAUCAAGAUGUAUAUUUCAUA